AUGAUUUUGUUCACUAAACAAAGUUACCUUGAAGGGAUUAAAGACAUACAACUCAUCCUUUUUACAGCAAAAAACUAUCGCUGCCAACUAUCACACUUUGAUGUACAAAAUCUUUAUCCUGGAACAACAUACUUCUUUAAUGUCAAAACAGAAAACAAUGCUUUUGUAGGACCUGCUUCCAAUAUAACAACUGUAGUUACUCCAUAUGACAAGCCACAUGGACCACCCAUAACUGUAAAAAAGCUUGGGAUGCAAAAAACUGUUUUAACAUUGCAUUCAGUGUCAGAUGAAACUGGACCAAUUCGCUUUUAUCAACUAACCAUUAAAAAAGACAGGAAGAUACAUUGUUCAUAUAUACCAGACAAUACCACAUUAUUGAUUGCAACAGCGUUCACCCAUGUGCCUCUAAAUGUCGACAUACACAAAGGUGUUGAAGAUGUUACUAUUGCUGGUACUAUUAUAAAGUUCUCCCUCACAGAAACAUAUCUGUUUUGCUGGAGGGCAGUUUUAAAUGAAACAGGCGUGUUGCUGUAUAGUAUCAAUAAGGGUGUUUUACUAGCACGAAAUGAUUUAAGGGCAAUUGGUAAGGCUACAAUGGUUACCUCAAACACUGUUUUAUUAAAAUUAUCCGCUGGGCCAAGCUACAUAAGGUACUAUCAAAUAAUAGUAGCAGAAGACUCUAUCAACUCUAGUUAUCCUGAACCAACUAAUCUUACACCUUAUUUUGAUUCUGUAAAGCCUAGUCAUCCAUACAUCACAUCUGAAUUUUCUGCAGCUAUGUUUAACGAGCUGAGAAACUUUGUUGUUGGCAAUGAAAAAACAUAUGUAUCUUCUGUUCAUGAUAUUAAAUUUUUUAAUGUCAAAUUAAAACCUGGGACCACUUAUUCUAUCUAUCUGAAAUCUCUUUAUAACGAGACCAUCUUCUUUUCAUCUCCUUGGAGUUACUUUAUCACAUUGCCUCAAGUCGUUAAAGCUACCCAAAGCAUUGUGUUGGCUCGUACUGGUUUGGAAACUUUUAUAAGCUGGAGUAUAUGUAGAGAUUUUGAAAUCGAUACAAUUAGCUGUUUAAAAAACAACUCUGUUGUGGCACUGGGAACAAACAAAAUCUUUAUAUCAAGUAAUGGAUUCAGUAAAAAAGUUGUAACUCAACUUAAAGAUAAAACUUACAAAUUGAAAAUAAAAAAUGUAAAAUUAGAAGACAGUGGUACAUAUAACUGUAAAGUACUAGCAAAGAUACAAUCGCAACCGAAAUAUUUCACUGAAAGUAUUAAAUUAGUUGUAACAGACAUUCCUCUUUCAUAUAACAUAUCUGCUCAAUGUAAUGUGAGGAUCAAAUGCAAUUACAGAAAUGUUUAUUUUAAUAGUAAGAAAUUAGAAAAGGACCAAUUAAAGAAACUUUUCUCAAGUUUUGUAGAAGCUGUUUUUACUAGAGUGAAAAUUCUGUUUUAUGAAUUGUCUGCAAGUGGAAGUAAUAUAUUAACAGAAAAAGGUUUUGUGACCGAAAAUUCAAUUGAAUUUGUCAUUACCUUGCAACACAAUAUAACAGCUGAUGUGAAAGAAAUUGAGAAAUUGGUUCACUUUAUUCUGCAAAGAAACAGAUAUAAGCUUUUUUUACACAGUUCAGACUUUCAAGCAGAUAUUAUCAUGACAUCAAUGGUUGUAAAGGAUUUUAAUGAAUGCGAAUCUUCAGCUAUUAAAUACUGUGAUGAUAAUGCUGUGUGCAUGAAUCUACCUGAUUGGCUAUCAUAUGCUUGUGCUUGUUCUAAAGAUUAUCAAGGAAAUGGUUUUAGCUGUGUGAAAAAAGAAAAGGAAAAAAGCAGCAAACAAUACAUCAUCAUCACUGGCAGUAUUGUGACCAUUAUUUUAUUGAUAAUAAUUUUUGCAUGCAUUGUGCAAUUCAAAAGACUGCAGAAAACGAAGUCUACAGAAAAAUCACUUCCUGAACCUGUUUACACUGAUCUUCCCUAUGUUACCAAUGCAUCUGUGAUUCACAACCCUGUUACUGAUGAAGUAUAUGAAGAUGUGAAAGAAUCAAUAGAGUUAAAGACACAUUACACUGGUUUAGUACCUACUGAAGAAGAUGUAACUUACUCUCAAUUGACAUCAAACAAGAAUAAAAAGUCAGAAUAUUAUGAAAACAGUUAAAAGAAAUUUAUUCAUGAUUUUAUAAUUUAAAAAUCUUUAUUAGAUAAUGUACAGUUUGUACUAAUUUUUUAUUCUAAAUCCUGUUUUUCACUUUUUUAAAUAAUAUAUUAUUUUUUACAUAGGAAUACCUUAUUUUUAUUUAGAGUUUAUAGAGUUUUAAUUGUUAAUGGUUAUGAUUAUAUGAUCCUGAAAAUAUUACGUUUGUUGUUUUAAAUGAAUUGAGUUUUAAAAUGUUAUGUUUCA